AUGAGGUUCUCGCUCUGUUCUCUCGGCCUCAUGGCCGUUUCCGCUCUGGCAGCGCCGAAGCCAUGGCUGAACCUUCGCGGGACAUCUGGUGUGGCAAAUGGCAGUGCAUCUCUGGAAGACGUUGCAACCACUGGCUUCGCAACCACCAAUGGAGGCACCUCGGGCGGCAAGGGAGGCAAGAAAAUCGAGGUCUCUACUCUUGAUGCCCUUAAAAAGGCUGUCACGGGCAAUGACCCAGCUAUUGUCCUCAUCACCGGGCCCAUUACUGGAAGCAAGGACAACAUCAAGAUUGGCAGCAACAAGUCGGUCAUUGGAAAGGACUCAUCCGUCGUCCUCACCGACUUUACCCUGACCGUUAAGGAAUCGAAAAACGUCAUCAUCCGCAACGUAAUCAUCAAGAAGGUCGUAGGCGGCGAUGCCGUUGCCAUCCAAAAAGCAAAGAACGUCUGGAUCGACCACGUCGACGUGUCGUCUGACCGCACGCACGGCAAGGACUACUACGACGGGCUAAUCGACAUCACGCACGGAGUCGACUUUGUCACCGUAUCCAACAGCUACCUGCACGACCACUGGAAGUGCUCGCUCGUGGGGCACUCGAACAAGAACGCCGCCGAGGACAAGGGCCACCUGACCGUCACUUACAACAAUAACUACUGGAGCCGCAUCCACUCGCGCGCCCCCUCGAUCCGCUUCGGAACCGGCCACAUGUACAACAACUACUACGAGGACGUCGUUGAUAGCAUCAAUACCCGCAAAGGCGCUCAGGUCCUCGUCCAGAACAACGUCUGGGUCAAUGCCACAAGGGCCCUGUUCACCGUCAAUGACGGCUAUGCCGUCGCGUCUGGAAACGACUACGGCGGCGCAAAAGCAAAUGCCCCCAAGGGCACUUUUACCAAACCCCCGUAUGACGUGCCUCAGCUCCUUGCUGCGAGCGACGUCAAGGCCGCUGUUGUCGGAACUGCCGGUGCGACGCUUAAAUUCUAG